UGGACCAGAUGGAUGCUCCAACCAACCAAGGCACCUGGCUAGGACUCGAAAUAUUUUUUAAGAAUAUAUUUCUGGCUCUUUCUGGCUCCGGCUGCCGCUGCGAGAGGAACUCCAGCCAUGUCUGCCCACUUGCAAUGGAUGGACAUCCGGAACUGCUCCAGUUUCCUGAUCAAGAGGAACAAGCAGACGUACAGCACCGAACCCAAUAAUCUUAAGGCCCGCAACUCCUUUCACUACAAGGGGCUGAUUCACCGCAAGACGGUGGGUGUGAAGCCAGCGGCCGAUGGCAAAGGUGUGGUGGUCGUCAUGAAGCGGAGAUCUGGCCAACGAAAGCUGGCCACCUCCUACGUGCGGACCACCAUCAACGAGAACGCCCUGGCCACCCUGAGCAGCAUCCGGCACAUGAUCCACAAGAACAAGUACCGCCCAGGCCUGUGCAUUGCGGCCAUCCGCAGGGCCAGCGCCAUCUCGCACAGCCAGAAGCCCGUGAUGGUGAAGAAGUGGGCCCGCUCCACCAAGAGCUCCUGA